AUGGCGAGGAGAAGGCAAGCUGGUACCAUGGGCACAUCCAUCUUCCCGUGCCUCUUUGCUAUCCUGCUUACCAGAUGCUCCCCAGCAGGGUGUGCUGGAGGGAGUGACUUGGCAUCCCACAGCACAGCCAGCACCACAGAGAAACCUGUCCUGUUAAACAACGUCGCAGAUGCUGAAGCCUUCAUCAGCGGUGCAGAAGUAGCAGUCAUUGGGCUCUUCCAGGACCCGCGGAGCCCCGAAGCGGACGUGUUUCGCCGGGCGGCCGGAGAGAUGCCGGAGGUGUCCUUCGGGCUCAGCAGCAGCGCCGCCGUCCUGUCGCACUACGGCGCCUCGGAGAACACCGUGGCGCUGUUCCGCAGGGUGGACAAUGACCGGCGGGAUCUGGACAUGAACAACGGAGAUGUUGAUGCCAAGAAGCUGACUCGCUUCGUUCGGAUGAACGAGCUCCGUCUGGUGACAGAGUACAACCCUGUGACAGCAAUAGGUGUGAUGCAGAGUUCCUUCCAGUUUAACCUCCUCCUGAUCACGGACAAGAUGUCUCCAAAGCACCCUGAGCGAAUGCGCAAGUUUCGGGCGGCGGCAGAGCUCUACAAGGGGAAGAUUCUCUUUAUCCUGUUAGACAGCAAUUUGAAGAGCAAUGAGCGAGUAUUGUCACACUUCCAGCUGAAGAAGUCCCAGCUGCCAGCUCUGGCUAUAUUCCACAUACCAGAUGAUGAGCACGAUCUGUUGACUGUGGAUGAAAUCUCCAUUGAGCGUGUACAGGACUUCUGUAAUCGUUUCCAACAAAGAAUACAAAAGAAAGAAGACAAAUCCGAGGAGAAGCCCCUCAAUGAAGAACUCUGAUUCUCAGCCAAGAGGAUGACUGUAGCCAGUGUCUGUUUCUGGUGUAUGAAGAGUUCACUCUGCCCUGCAGCUCAGCACUUCCUGAGCCAAGUCAGUCAUGGAUUCCAAUCAUCAUUCUAUGUACAUACAUGCUGUCUAUCCUCUCCAGGAAUCUCUUAUCUCUUCUCAUUUGUUUGCUCCAGAUCUCUUUUUUGCAGUACUGCAGGACCUCUGGUAUUGCCUCUUCAAUAUGUCUUUCUGUGCCACUCUGUUGCAGCAAAGGGUGGCUUCAACACCUCUGAUAUUAGUGAAAUGUCAAUAGUGAAAUGGCAACAUCAGAGGCAGAGCUAGUAGUUCCCAGGGAUCUGUUUCCUUCAUUCUUUUGGGUCUUGGUGCCAUGCUGAGAUCCAC